CUCACAGAAACCGACGAUUCUAACAGAUUCUAUUAGUCAACAAGUCGACUGUAUUUGUAGUCGCGAUGAACCUGGAAACCUCCCGCCGGCAGCGCCACCUGCAUGCAUAUAGCAGACCGUUUCCCGCCAUGGAAGAAGUACUCUUCAUCCGCCAUUCCGUCAUUGAACACACCGCCUCCGCGGACCCUCUAUAACUUUCACUUGCUUGCAGAGCUUUAUAAUUUUGCUUGCCAAUAAUCAAGCCUUGUUUAACUUCACUUGCCUACCAAACCUCUUAUAACUGCAUCUAUAUAACCUCACUUGCCUAUCAAGCGUAGCCUUAUUCUCUCUCGAUCGCUACUUUUGGGGUUCUGACUCCUUCGAUGACCGACUCAGAUGUGGAGGGGGGACGGAGCCCUAGGGGCAUGUAUACGCCCUCUGAGAUUGAAAGACUAGGAAGAGAACGCCCAGAUGCGUUCAAAACAAUAUGGGUCGAGCUAGGGUUCUGCUUCUCCCUCCUUGGUUCCAUGUUCAUCGCUGAAUAUCUCGCCUCGGGCUUCAAUAUUCUGUUACCGCCUGUCAACCAUGAGCUCAACAUGCCGAAGAACGCUGCCACAUGGCCCGCCAGCGUGUUUGCUUUGGUCACCGGAGCAUUCCUUCUACCAUUUGGGCGACUUGCAGACAUGUAUGGAGGAUACAUUGUCUUCAACGCUGGCCUGGUAUGGCUGCUGCUUUGGUCGAUAAUCGGAGGGUUCAGCCAGAAUUAUAUCAUGCUCAUCUUCUGCCGAGCAUUGCAGGGCCUUGGUUCUGCAGCAUUCUUGCCCUCGGGCAUUAUGCUUCUGGGGAGUCUGUACCGUCCUGGACCUCGAAAGAAUCUUGUCUUUUCACUUUAUGGUGCCUUAGCUCCCAUUGGAUUCUUUGCAGGAAUCUUUUUUGCCGGCGUGUCUGCCCAAUUUCUAGUCUGGGGAUGGUUCUUCUGGCUGGCUUCUAUCAUCCUGGCAGUCAUCAUUGGUGCAUCUUUUUUCUCUAUCCCAUUCGACCGGAAAGCCAAACAAGGCAACGGCAUCAAGAUGGAUUGGUGGGGCACCGCGACUAUCGUUCCGGCAUUGAUCCUCAUUGUCUAUGGCUUGACCGAUGGAUCUCAUGCUCCUAACGGAUGGGCUACCCCCUACAUUCCGGUGACUUUUGUCCUGGGCUGGAUAUUUGCGGGAUGCUUCGUUUAUGUUGAAGGUUGGGUUGCUGAACAGCCGCUUCUUCCCGGGGAUAUGUUUAAUGUCAAAGGACUGAAAGCGAUGGUCGUGGCUCUCUUCUUCCAAUACGGGACUUUCGGUAUCUUUCUGUUCUAUGCCAGCUUCUACAGCCAGGACAUCCUAGGCGCAUCGGCAAUUCUAACGAGCGCAUGGUUUGCCCCAAUGUGUGUCGGAGGCAUUGUCUUGGCCACCGUUGGAGGUUUGGUUCUGCACCUCUUGCCUGGAAGGAUUCUUCUCAUCAUCAGCGGCACAUGCUACAUAUUUUGCACCCUUCUAUUCGCCAUCAUUCCCCAGAACCCAAACUACUGGGCCUACAUCUUCCCCGCCAUGCUCUGCGCAACCCUUGGUAUCGAUAUCACGUACAACGUCACCAACAUUUUCAUCACGACCAGCAUGCCACGAGCUCGCCAGGGCCUCGCAGGGGCGCUCAUCAACAGCUUAUUGUUCCUCGGUAUCUCAUUUUUCCUGGGAUUCGCUGACCUUGCUGUCUCCCAGACGGAAGACCAGGGUAUGAGGAAGAGCUACAAGGUUGCCUUCUGGAUGGGUACCGCAUGCGCGGCGUUUGGGCUUAUCGUCAUGGCCACGGUGCCGUUAGGAAAGGCGGCUAGUGGGUUGACGGCGGAUGAGAAGGCGGAGUUAGAGAGGGAGUUGACGAGGAGGGAAUCGAAAAACUGAGAGGUAUCAUUUACAUUAUGAUGAUAACGGCCGUGAGAUUAUACCUGUGCGCUUAUAGCGCUAUGAAUAUUAGAGACGAUAUCAUAGAAUAAUAUCUUUCCCG